AUGAACUUAAAAAGAAGUAUUCUAAUAAAAAAUGAAAUAACAAGUAAAGAAAAUAAGAUGGGAAAGGUGUUUUUAGAGAGACAAACAUGUGUUAUGACUGAAAAAUUAGGUAAAAAUGAAGUUUAUGUUGUUGUGAAACAAACAAAUUUUAUGUUGUGUCUAACAAGUAUUGAACCGAUAGAAAAUGCUGAAGUAACAUGCGAAUUAUUAUAUGAUAUACCAGAAUUAAAACUUGUUCCUUAUGUAUCACAAAAACCAAUUUCAUAUAAAGUACAACAAGUUUCUAAUGAAGCUAUUAAUAUUGAAUGUAAAUUAAGUGUUUUAUCAAGUAAACAUGAAGACAUGUUAUUUAAAAUUAGAGCAAUUGUUUCUAAUAAUGGAAUUGUUGUUGGAGAAGUAAUUUCGUAUCCAAUUCGUUGUACAUCAAAAAUUGAUGGAACAAAGAAAUCUCGUCAAAUACUUACUAAACCUUUAGUACAACAACAAACUGAAACAAAAAAACCUAGAAAGAAUGAUCUUCCAAUUCCAAGUUCUAUAACACAAAGAAAAGUUUUUGAAUUAGCAUUAUUAUCUUCAAAUACAAUUCUUCUUGAACGUCUCAGUAGUCUAACUCGAAGAGAAGAAACAAAAAUUACUACAGUUGAAGCAGGGAUUCAAUCAAUCUGUGAGAAAAUGGCAGGUAUGGAAUAUAAUACAUUACAAUUUCAUUUAAUGAAUGUUCUUGGAGGAUUAGACAUAGAACAAAAUAAUACAUUAUUUGAAAUAUGUUCAGUUAUUCAAUCAAUGUUUCCUCAACAAUAUACAUUUCAGCCAAUUGUUAAUCAAAAUAAUCAACAAUUACCACAAGGAUACACCCCAUUUGGAGAAUUUAAUGGUAAUUAUUCAGGACAACCAAAUGUUUUUGGAGCGUUUUAA